CGAAGACUCCUUCAAAUGCGGUCGACGAAUGCGGCCUUCUUUUCGCCUGAAUGAAGGAUGGGUCGGGUGUAUCCUUCAAUAGGUAGCAUUUCCCAAGAUGCCUUGCGGGCCGGCCGGCAGAAAAACUUAAAAACAAUGGCGGAAGGUGAAGCGGGAGCUGUCGGAGAGGAUUGCGCAUAUAAAUGACCAAAAGAGAAUACCAGGGAAUUUAUUAAGCUUAGGGCGGAGAUGGACCACAUGAUCACCGGAGCAAAGUAUUCGGCGGCUGUGGCAUGGAGACUAUUCUGGAGAAAAUGGGCAUCCAGGGGAAGGUGCCAGCGAUGAGCUUCUGGAGCUGAUCUGGGAGGACAUGAGGCUGCAGAGCAGCAGAGAGCACAGGAGAGAAGGAAGAACUUUGACAGCUUUUUACUUUGCUAGAAAAAAAUGGUUAAUGAAGAUUAAACAUGUACAUGUAAAAGAAAUAUCUAAAUAAAAUCAGUUCUGCAUUAAACUCUUGAAUUUUAUUUUUGUUUACAAAUGAGAAUUGUUUACUAGAGGGUAUCCGCUGGGUCUUGAAAAGUUUUAAAAGGUGAUAAAUCGGUUUUGGUCAAAUUAAGACCCUUAGAAAGUAUUAAAAACUAUUAUCACAUCUUUGCUCAGGCUCAGCUAGUCUAAAGUAUUUUCUCUGAAUUAGCUCUCCAACAGUCAAGGAAAUGAUUAACCCCCAGAGACCCACGGUUGUAGUAUCACAACAUCAGAUUUAAGUCUACAAAAAUAAACCUUCCCCAUUUUUUUUCUUUUUAAAACCACAUUUACAUUGCUAAUAGGUCCUAUUCAGUUCUGCAACACUAUUGGCUGUUAAAAUGUGUAAAUAGGCCCGUUUAUCUGGCCUCCUAGAACAACAUGUGAAAGGUUAAAAAUAUUUUGCAGUUGUUUUCUAAAUUUGGGUUUCUGGGGGUUAAAAAGCUAAAUAAAACGUCGAGCUCCAUCGUUUAAGGUUCCUUCUGCCCAGCGGUUCCACGGUUGCUAGGCGACGGAACGUUCGCCGAGGGAGUUCAUGAAGGCUAGGCCUGUCCAAAUUCACAGCCGUUAACAUCCGGUCUACCCGGCCGACGGAGGACGCAGCCCACGUCGGCCGGGUGGGCUGGGUCCUUUGAAGGAUGCAGACCCUGAAUUGAGACACAGCCAACGUCACAUCCAGAUGUACCCAGGUAUGUGGGGAUGGGUUUCAAGGGAAAUCCUGCUCAAAGAUGUGUCUAGUGAAUGUACCGUAAAUCCUCUAAUACAGGCCCAGGCCUGUAUUUGACUCAAGCUCAUCAAGCUCCCGGCCUUUAUUGGAAGGAGGGCCAGUAUUAGAGGCAGGCCUCUAUUUCUAUUUGAGCAAAAUGAACUAAUGGUUCGCUGGAGUUUUUGACAAUUAAAAUUGCGCCCACAUUUUCAAAGUUAAACACAUUUCUUUUAACAACGGUAGUUUCUGCUUCAGCCAUCUCCCCCCUCCCCCUGCUUCAGCCCUCUCCCCCCUCCCCCUGCGCAGCGGCCGCAAACUCACUGAUGCGCCUGCAGCCUCUCGGAGUUCCUGCUGCUCUAAACAUUAAAAUAAUUAUUUCAUUUUCUGUUCCUCACUUCUGAUGACCUUCAAUGGUGUCUGUUUGUUGCAACCAGCAGGUACAAAAACUAACUUGUUUUUAUUUGACUAUUUUUCUGUCCUGUCUGUUUAUUAUCUUCCUGCAUCUCCUCUCAAUCCAAAAGAAAAACUGCUACCUGGGUUCAUAUAUAUUCACCUCAUGAGUUACCUUUGAACUGCAGUUCUAAAACAUCUACCGACUGCAAAAACAGCGGAGCGCUCGCUGUUUGGCGGCCAUAUCAGUGAUCAGUGCGUCGGAGGACAAGGUGAUGCGCGCAGCGACCCGCUCCACAGCAUGCAGCGAAACGCAUCAGGCGCAAAUAAAAGACAGAAAACAUUAAAGGAAAUGAACUGACAUGAACGAUCGCGUGUUAAAUUAGUUUUUGAGGUGGCGACACCUGAUUGUUACUGUGGCCGUGCUCAGGAGGCAGGUCUACCGACCGCAAAAACAGCGGAGUGCUCCCUGCUUGCCGGCCGCAUCAGUGAUCUGUGCGUCGGAGGACAAGUUGAUGCGCCCCGCUCCACAGCAGCGAUACACAUCAGGCGCAAAUAAAAGACAGAAAACAUUAAAGGAAAUGAACCGACAUGAACGAUCGCGUGUCAGUACCUACGGUCUGGCACAGCGCGUCGCCCAAAACCCCCCACCCCCCUCACUCCCCGAGCGCAGGAGCUUGUCACCAGAGUAUGUUGGACAAGGGACAUGCUGAACUUGCACCACCACUCCAGGAGGGGGCAGAGUGCUGGUAUUUGCCCACGUUUGGUGUUUACCAUCCCAAAAAACCAAGCAAGAUACGUGUGGUGUUUGAUUCCAGCGCUCAGUAUGAUGGAGUCUCGCUAAAUGAGGUGCUGCUGUCUGGACCAGAUCUUAACAACAGUCUCGUCGGUGUCCUCCUCAGAUUCAGAAUAGAGCCCGUGGCCAUAACUGCAGAUAUUCAGCAGAUGUUUUACUUUUUCGUUGUUCGUGAGGAUUGCAGGGAUUUCCUAAGGUUCUUGUGGUACCAGGAAAACGAUCUGAGUAAGGAUGUGGUGGAUUAUCGCAUGCGUGUUCAUGUUUUCGGAAACAGUCCAUCACCUGCAGUGGCAAUCUUUGGCCUGAGGAAAGCAGCAGAGCACCAAGAAGUUGAUUAUGGCAGUGAUGCGAGGCACUUCAUAGAAAGAGACUUCUAUGUAGAUGACGGCCUCCGGUAUUUCGCUACAACAGCAGAGGCCAUUGAUGUUCUGCGUCGAACACAGCAGAUGUUGGCAGCAUCCAACAUCACUCUGCACAAAAUAGCUUCAAAUAGAGCAGAAGUAUUGAAUGCAUUUUCUGCAGAUCAAAGAGCAGACAAUGUAAAAGACCUUAACCUCUUUGUGGAUGACUUACCAGUCCAACGCAGCCUUGGAGUCAGCUGGAACAUAAUGACGGACACCUUUGGAUUCAAUAUUCCUGAGAAUCAAAAGCCAUUUACACGCCGGGGUGCCCCGUCAACAAUAAACAGUCUGUUUGAUCCUUUGGGGUUCAUAGCUCCUGUUGCAGUGACAGGGAGACUGAUUCUAAGAGAGCUAACAACCGAGAAUGCGGACUGGGACGCAGAACUCCCUGAAGCUAAAAAAGACAGUUGGAGACAAUGGAGUAAAUCAUUGUCAGCACUAAAAAGCCUGAAUGUUCCACGAGCAUAUGCCUCUUUCUCAGUUUCCAAAGCACAGCACGCCGAAUUAUUGAUCUUCUGUGAUGCCUCUGUCAAAGCAAUAUCUGCAGUUACUUAUCUUAAGACAAUGAAUGAACAGGGUCUCCAAGAGGUGGGCUUUGUCUUCGGGAAAUCCAAGCUCGCUCCCAACCCAGGCCUCACAAUCCCAAGACUGGAAUUGUGUGCUGCUGUCAUGGCCGUUGAGAUAGCCGAUCUAGUAACGAGGGAGCUCGAUCUAGAUCUCAAGGCAGUGAAAUUCUACACUGACAGCAGAGUUGUAUUGGGAUACGUACACAACGAGACUAGGAGGUUCUAUGUGUAUGUGAACAAUAGAGUGCAGUGCAUCAGGCAGCCAUCACGACCUGAGCAGUGGAACUACAUUCUUUCAGAACUAAAUCUGGCUGAUCAUGGGUCACGUUCUGUUCCAGCCGCUGAGCUUGCCGACACAACGUGGCUAACAGGACCAGCAUUCCUAAUGAAACAACCAAAGGUAGCUGCCAGUGGCGAUAAUGGAUCAACAUUUGACCUUGUGAACCCAGAUGCUGACGCUGAGGUACGUCCUGAGGUAACUUCGCUCGCCACGCACGUUAGUAGAGACAAGCUUGGCUCAAAACGUUUCCAGCGUUUUUCUAGCUGGAGCACACUCAGUAAGACUGUGGCACAUCUGUGUCAUAUUGCUCAGUGUUUCUCUCACUCCUCAAAGAAUCAAAGGUGUGUUGGAUGGCAUAUGUGCAAAAGUGGCCUGUCAGUCGUUGACAUUGUCAGAGCAGAACAGAUCAUCAUAAAAUGUGUACAAGAAGAAAUGUAUUCAGAAGAACUGAAGUGCAUCAAAAUGAAACAUGACCUUCCGAAAACCAGUACUCUGUACAAACUUCGACCCAUUCUUGACAGCGAAGGUAUGUUAAGAAUAGGUGGACGCAUUGGUCGAGGACAACUUGAAACUGGUGAAGUCUAUCCGUUAAUAAUACCAAGCCGCAGCCAUGUAGCAAGCUUACUUGUUUCUCAUCAUCAUCAGGCUGUACUGCACCAGGGCAGGCAUUUCACUGAAGGUGCAAUUCGUGACAGUGGUCUGUGGAUUGUUGGAGGGAAAUGUCUCAUCAGCGGCAUUAUUCACAAGUGUGUUACAUGCAGGAAACUAAGAGGAAGGACCGAGAAGCAACAAAUGUCAGACCUACCCACAGAGCGCCUUCAGGCUGACCCUCCAUUUUCCUACGUUGGCCUGGAGGUUUUUGGACCAUGGGAAGUGGUGAUGCGCCGUACCAGAGGUGGUCAAGCUCAGGACAAAAGGUGGGCUGUCCUUUUCACAUGUAUGUCCACUCGAGCCAUACAUAUUGAAGUUAUUGAAACAAUGACGUCCUCAAGCUUUAUAAAUGCGCUCCACAGAUUUUUCUCUAUCAGGGGUCAUGCAAAACAGCUUCGCUCGGACUGUGGGACCAAUUUCACUGGAGCGUUCAAAGAGCUGAAGAUGGAUCCUGGCAAUAAGAGUGUAGAGGAUUACCUUCUUGAACAAAAAUGCACUUGGGUUUUCAACCCACCUCACUCCUCUCAUAUGGGCGGCGCUUGGGAGCGCAUGAUUGGAGUGGCAAGACGGAUUUUAGAUUCCAUGCUUCUUCAGGUUGGACAUGUAAAGCUCACUCAUGAGGUCUUAACCACUUUCAUGGCUGAAGUGAGUGCCAUUUUCAAUGCAAGACCAUUAAUACCAGUUUCUACUGAUCCUGAGGCGCCUUUCAUUCUAACACCUUCCAUAUUGCUGACCCAGAAGGGUGGCGUUCCCUCUCCUACUGUAAGUGAGUUUUCAAAAGGGGAUCUGCUCAAGAAUCAGUGGAAAAGAGUUCAGGCAUUGGCAGAUACCUUCUGGGUUAGGUGGCGCCGUGAAUAUUUGAGCACAUUACAGAGUCGACACAAAUGGCAAUCUCAGAAACCUAAUCUCAAAGAAGGAGAUGUUGUUUUGCUCAAGGACGAUCAAACCAAGAGGAAUCCGUGGCCUAUGGGAAUUGUUGUCAAGGUUGUUCCCAGCAGAGAUGGACUUGUCAGGAAAGUCGAAAUUAAGGUGAUACGGAACCAAACAGCUAAGAUCUUCUCUAGACCAGUUUCGCAAGUGAUCUUGUUGUUUUCAGCACAGGACGAGGGCUCAUCAGCAAGCUAGGGGAUUGAGACUGUGGCAUAAAGUGGCAUAUCGUUAAUAUGCCAAGCGGGGAGUGUUAUGGAACGGACAUAUUGUUGUUGUUUAAGAAGUGCUACUGCCACCUAGUGGUAACUAAGCAGAAUGUUCCCUUUUUUGUAGAGGAAGUGGUCUACAGGAAGUAGUGUGUUCUUUUAGCUGCUGAAGUGACAGCAUUUUGUAAUCUGAUGGCAAUCUUUGCAAUCCUGGUGUUAAAGUCCACAAUAUCGGCUUCAUCCGUAAGUUCCUAUACAUUUAAUAUGUAUUAGUAAGUUUUGACACUGUUUGAGUUAAAUCAUAUGGAGGCAGGUAGAUGCUUAUAUUUUUUUAGCAGAUGCCUCAUCUGUGGUCGUAUGUUUUUUACUAGAGCAAUGUUGUUCUUCAAGUGUAAUGGAACAUGUCUUCAUUGUGUAUUUUGUAUUCUUUUCUUUGUACAGUUUUACAGAAAAAGAGAGAGAGAAUUUAUUUUCAUCAUUAAAUCCUGCCAAACACAACAAGCGGCCUGUUUCUUGGAGGAGGAAGUGCUGGGAAUAAAGGAAUGUUAAGCUAGCUGUAUAACUGAAAUUGCGUUGCCUGCAACAAACUUUAGUGAGGACAGCAUACCAAGGACGCAAUAACCAUGACAGACUGAGCGGGGCUUGAACAUGAAACCCUUCGCAUAUGGGGAGGGCACUUAACUCCUCUACUACCAUUGCCCCAUGUGAUCCAGUCUUGUUUUGACCCUCAGUGUACGGUUUUUAAUGAAAUAACUACUUUUAUUUAGUGAACUCCCACCGUAAGGGCGUGUUUUGACUGAUGAUACCGUGUCGUACUCCAGCUCGGACGACUGGUUCCUGCUUUUUUCAGUUUUAUUUUCACACAUGCCACAUACACACUAAGCUAACUAUGCUACAUGCCUGCACAGUAACCGUGUCUUGCCAGUAGCCAGGUAAUAAACUGAAAAACACAAAAUACACAACCAUGCAACAUUAGCAUUAUAAACCUAGUAAUUACCGAACAAGCUGAAUACAUACAUUUAUAAACUUGACACAGUUAUUCGCACAUAAACUCACCAGCUUGGCCUCACAAGUCAAAACGGUAACUACAAAAAGAAAAUCCGGCCAGUGAUGUACACGAGGAUGAGUCUCACAUAAAGUCCCCAAAGUAAACGUUUCACUCCACCUCAUAUAAAUUGACUUUAAAGUAAACACAGGAGCUCGGCUGGUCAGAAGGAAAAUAAAUAAACAAAGAAAGAAAGAAAAUACACAUAUACAUAUAUGGGGAAGAAAAACACACUCAGCACAUGACAUAUUUGGCUGUUUUUUUGUGCCCACCAACCAAAACCUCAUAAAGCACUCCUGUAGUCAGCCCGACACUAUCUUUGCUUUUUCAGUUCAAAUUUGUCUUUAUGACAGUGAUAAUCGCCCUUUGAAGCACUUCUACCACUUUUAACCCUCUAAGGAAUUCCUUUUUGAUCAGACAAGAAGCUUGAUGUGCUUAACUUUUCUUUUUUUUCCGAAUGAGUCUGAUGAUUACAUAUGAUGAAUUCUGAAUCAGGAUGACUUGUAUCCCCAAAGCAUGGACACAAGGGAGAGCUUUAGUGGCAAAAGCCUUCUUUCAAAGGGCUUUCUUCUUUAAAGCUAUUCCAGUUUGUAGUUAUUGAUAAGCUUGGGGGAAAGUGCAGCCAGAUGGCUGCUUGUCAUUCAUUUUGAGUUUUUGAACUUUCAGUUCUGCAAACCUAACUGGAAUGGUAAUGGCUGGUUGAGCUGACACCUGUUAAACUUUGAAUCACUUUUCAGUAGCAACCUGUGUGACUGAAUAAAAAUAUAAGCUAUUUGAUUGUUAACCAAUUUGAAGGUGAAAAUACUUUCCCUCAAAUCACAUUUCCUAUUUUAACCACUUUGGUUAAAGAGAAGAUCUUUUCAGUUGCUUUAGUUGAAUUAUUCAUGCCUAAAUGAUUAGAUCAGAUCCAAAUAAUGGCUUCAAUAAUUUAUCUUAGGAUGCGGAUUAAGGAUGUGGAAACCCAUUGUAGGUGACAGUCAGGCAGUACUGGUAAUGGUGAAGAAGUCCAAUUUGGAGCCACAGUCCUUUCAAUCGAAGCCUGAGAUCAUUUCGUUCAGCAAGGACUGAGAGAGAAUGAGAUUUUCCAAUAGAGCCAUAAAUGUUACAUGUCAAAGUUGACAGCAGGGAUAGUCACAGGUCUGAGUUUGUAGUAGAUGUGAGCACAUGAGCACAAUAUUUCACAGGACCAGUCCAGUUUGAUUGAUUUGUGUUUAAACAAUCAACAAUUACCUAAAGAGGGUCUUUCUGUCAUUAGAUUUUUUUUUAUUGGACGUAACACUGAAAUUGGAUUAUUUCUUAAUAAAUCUAGUGUAGAAAACAGGGUGGUCAAAAAGACUUAGGCUACAAAAAACUGCAGCUGACAUUUAGAAAAAUCUGUACAGGAGUCAUCUGAGUCUAAUAUAAAUUGUUCUUGCUCUAGUUGCAACUUUAUUUUUUUGUCUAAAACAUGGGAAAGCAAAACAUUGGGAGGGUUUUUCUGGUGGCAGUGGUGAAAUAUCUACUAAAUACUUAAGCAAGUACAAUCUGUUGGUUUAUUCCAUUUGAUCUGAGCUUAGUGGGACUCUAAUUAGUUUCUUACAAAGAACAAUAGGGCAAAUAGCUGUUUCAUAACCUCCAGGCUACGUGAAAGCUAUUUAACCAGGAUAGAAAAUGGUAGUGUGCUACAUCAGCCAGCCUCGAUAAUCAUCUAACCUAAACUAAAUUUAGACAGUUACAUCUGCAAUUGUUGAAGCAGGAAUUGGGAGAGGAAACAGUUUUUUUUUUUUUUUUUUUUUUUUUUUUUGUAUUUUUAAAUCCUUUCUUUG